UUUACCUCAAACGGAACGUGACCGCGCUUCUCUCCACACCGUUUCUGAAACCGUACACGUGAAAUGCUCUGUGAUGAUGAAAUUCGGUAAUAAUAUUAGAAAAGUGGGAAAAAUUUAAAUGUUUUUAAGUUGAAUUAGUAUACGGCCGGACGAACCAUAAGACCAUGACAGAACAGGAGCCGUGUGAAGUAUGCACCGCUCCAGCAGAGCAGAAAUGCUCAAACUGCCAUUCGGUGUUCUACUGCUCCCGAGAACAUCAGAAGCAACACUGGAAGGCCCACAAGCAGCAGUGCAUACCAGCCAGGGUCAGGGAGGAUGGCAAAUACGGACGGUAUCUUGAAGCGAUAAGGAGUGUGAAGGCCGGUGAAAUUAUUAUGAAAGAGUCACCUCUUAUUUCUGGUCCUUCACAGGUGACACCACCAGUUUGUCUUGGCUGCUACAAACUGCUAGAGGGGGGGAAAACGGUGUCCUGUGAGAAGUGCGGUUGGCCGUUCUGUUCGGAGGUCUGCACGCGCAAUGUGGUGCAUACGCCGGAAUGCCACUACACACAACGGCGAAGUGAAAAGGUUACCAUAUCAACCUAUGGCAAACCGCACCCGAACUACCAGUGCAUCACUGUUCUCCGCUGCCUUUACCAGCGGGACAACAACCAGAAAAUCUGGUCCAAGCUCCAGACCCUGGAGUCGCACGACGAGGAGCGCAGGAAUACUGACAAGUGGAACAAUGAUAGGAAAAUGAUUGCAGAGUUUAUAUGGAAAUUCUUCAAGCUUGACGGGGUAUUUAAUGAAGAGGAAAUUAUGAAGUGCUGUGGCAUUGUUCAGAUAAACGGUCAUGAGGUGCCUCUGCUGGAACCCGAGUAUGUAGCAGUUUUCGACAAGGUAUCCAUGGUGGAACACAGUUGCCGCGCCAACUGCAACAAAAGCUUUGCCUCGGAUGGACAGAUUAUACUCAGUGCGGGGGUAAACAUAGCGGCCGGCUCUCACGUAUCAGUAUGCUAUACGGACCCGCUGUGGGGCACGGAAGCCCGUCGCCACCAUCUGUCCGACUCCAAGUUCUUCGAGUGCUCAUGCGAGAGAUGCUCUGAUGCCACUGAACUGGGGACCAUGUUUAGUGCCAUCAAGUGUAAGAAGAAGGAUUGCAAAGGCUACCUCCUACCAGACACUUUCGUUCUGCCAAUCCUGCACAAAACCAAAUCCCCGGACCCCAGCACCCGAGGGUUGGACAACAAGUUCUGGAAGUGCAGAAACUGCAAGGAUGAAGUGUCCGACGGAAUCAUCCAGCAACUAUUGCAGGACAUUGGCAGGGAGCUCAGUGUGAUGCCGAAAGGAGAGCCGGAUGCUUGUGAAAGAUUCAUAGGCCACUGUAGCAGCUACCUACAUCCCUCUCACUACUACAUGACGGACGUGAGCCUAGCGUUGGCGCAUAUGGUCGGCCAGCAGGAUGCGUUGGGUCUCGAGAAGGUGUCCAACGACCGCCUGCUACUGAAGACGCAGCUGUGUAAGAAGAUCACAGACCUGUUGGAAACUCUGGCUCCAGCUGAAACUCGUCUGCGAGGGUCGUUGCUGUUUGAGCUGCACGCUGCAGUUGCGGAGACUGGGCGCAGGAAGUCCCUCACCGGAGGACCCGUUAUGAUGCUCAGAUACAUCGCGGAGUCCAAGAAGAUCCUCAUGGAAUCAGCAAGGCUGUUAGCUCACGAGCCGCCGGAACUGCCAGAAGGUCGGCUGAGGCUGCAGGCCAAAAUUAACCUUAUGGACAUGGAAGCGCUCAUGCAAAACAUGUCCGCUGCCCUGCCGGCACCCCUGUAGAAAAUUGAAUAAAGUGUGUGAAAGAA